AUGGAGCCAGAAAGAUCGGAGAAGUGCAGUCCGAAGCGGAGAGGUGAAAAGGCAAACUGUGCGGUGUGUGACGAUAUCGGAGAUGGAUUCCAUUUCGGCGCCGAAGCUUGUCGGUUUGUUCUUUGCUAUUUGAACUGACAACUUUAUAAUUUUCAGGGCGUGCGCAGCCUUUUUCCGUAGAACUGUGGCACUUGGAAAGGUGUACGAAUGCAGACAGAACGGAUAUUGUACAGUCAAUUCCAGUGGGUUCUCCUUUUCCAGCUUGUACGUUCCAUAAGUGAAUCAUAACAUUAUCUUUAAGUCAUUCGCUCGAUAUGCAAGUCGUGUCGUCUUAAUAAAUGCUACCAAGUGGGCAUGAAAUCGAGUUGUGUUCAACCGAGAAGGGACAUAUUGGGCAAGCGAGAAGAGGAAACGUUCUCAGAUUCAGUUCCGAGCACAGUUUACAAUCUGCCGCCUGUUCCAUCUUUCGAGACGAUGCCAAUACUGGAGAGAAUGAGGAUGAACUACGAGAAACUGGACAAUGCGAGGAGUGUGAUUCACCGAAGAGAAGGAGAAAAUAUGUUUGAGCCGAAGGUCCCGAGAGCUCUGAACUUUCGAGAAGCUCUGGAGAUGUCAUCGAAAGAGAUUUCCCUGGUGGCCGAUUGGAUCGAAUGGUGCUUCGACGACUUUGGCUUGCUGCCGGUCGACCAGAAAACUAUUUUAUUCCAGAACUUCUUUCCCUACUUUCAAGUUUUAGAACACGCAUUUCUCACAUGCCAAUAUGGUAGAUUCCAAUGAAAUUGAGAAGAGAAACGUGUCUUAUUUGUCAGGAAGUGAUGACCGAAUGGUACUAGCAUCCAAAGAUUACGUGAAUGUGCAGCAACUAGAAGAGUUUUUCAGUGAUUCCCAUUUUGAAGUGGGUGGUCGGAAACUUGCUGAGUGAGUCGGAAAAUGUCGAUUCUUCAACCCCCUCUCAAUCCAGAAUCUUCAAACAUACAGUGGAUCUUCAAAAUCGCAGUCUGCACAGAUCGAUAAUAGCGGAGUGUGUUGAUUUUUAUGAGUUCUUCGGGCUCGUUGCCCUUUUGUUCUGGGACUUCGGCCUCGAUGGACAAUCGUCGGAAUGCAAUGAAAUCGGCCGAAAGAUCAAGUUGGCAGUGUCCAGAGAGAUUAAUUUCUAUCUGACACACGUGAAACAAGUGGAAGAGCCGUUGUGUCGAGCGGCGAUGAUAAUCACCAUCCUGCCAUCCCUCCAGGUUUGACUCACAAUCGGAAAAUGCUAAUAGUAAGAUUUCAGAGGGUCGUGCACCGAUUCCGAGAGGAUAUCUCGCUUGCUCAUAUCUUCGAUGUCUACACCAUUCCUUCUAAUUUCUAUAAUGUGUUGAAUGGAAGAUUUUCCUAA